UAUCUCUUACAAUCUUCCAGUUACUUCAGCCAUUGUGCCACUGUUAUUGUGGAAUAACAAAAAAAACAUGAAUAUUAUCCAUUUUUUGAGCGCCGCAAUCAUAUUUAUGGGCGAAACCGAGCCCUACGUAGUCGAAGAUUCCGUCGCCCUUGCUACAAAUGAACAAUGGACACUAUUAAGAAAAUUGCAAAAUUUCAACGAACCAAGAGACGAAGAUAAACCUCUCACGUGGAACGAGAUUCUAGCGGACGUGUUAGUGAACAGAAUUAAAAUAUUCUCCUUCAAACAAUUGAACGGGACAAUAGAAGAAAAAAAGAGUCCAUUAACAAACUUCAUGGGACAAAUGUUGUUUAUAUACAAGAGGUUUAUUUAUGACAGAUUUUCGUAUAGUAUAGACAAAGCAGAUGCCAACACAGCUAAUGCUACAGAAAUUUUUAAAGAGGCAAAAAAUGUGACCAAUGAGGAACGCGAUGUCGAAAUACCUAACCAUUACAACGAUACGAUUGUGAACCAUACGAAUAAUUCAACAGGCCCUAAAGAUGAAGUUGAAAUUAUCGAACCGAAAUACCACGGGAAACUGUCUGUGAGUGAAGAAGUCGCUGAUCUUAACAAAGAAGUUGUGGAGUGCCCAGAAGGGUUCGUGAUGCUGGACAAAGUGUGUGUGAAUGAAAAAUCAAGGUUAAUACUAGCAGUGCCUAACCAGUGCCCCAUCGGUUACAAACGAGAUAGACUUGGGUAUUGUAGAUUGAUAUUUUAGUAAUUUAAAAAGACAUACAUACAUUCAUUAAGUUUCGUAAGCAUUACAGUCUAUGUGAAAUUUAUUUUAGUAUUAAGUCUUAGAAUUACUAAUUUUCAACACCAAAAUAAUAUGUAGUAGCAAAAUCACGUACAUUUUUUCUUUCGUUUUUGCUUAAAAUUUCAUAAAUUAAAAGACUAGUUAGAUUGUCUAUUAUAAAACAAAAUACAUGGUAUAAUAACAAUGAUGACGUGUGAAAGACCAUGAUCAAGAUGUUGUGGUGCUAUCUUAUCAUUUGUUUGUAGAGUAGGUAUUUGCAUAGAUAAGUAUACUAUAGAUUUGUAAGUAGAAAACUCAGUAUUUCAUAGUGAUUUAUUUUAAAAAAUAAAACCUUUUAUUCUAGUA